CGCCCGCCCCGCCGCGGCAGCGCCGUUGUCAUGGCGGCGGCGGGGCUGACCUUCGCGCGGCGCCUGUGUGCGCGGCGGCGGCGGCUCCGCGGAGAGAGGCAAGUGCAAGCUCUUUGCAUUCCAGCCAUUCACCUGCACAUGACAGCAGCCACCAUGCAAGUCAGCCAGCAAGACUUUGAAAAGGCUCAAGAGCAGCUGAAGCUUUUGAAAAAGGAUCCUGGGAAUGAAGUUAAGUUGAAGCUCUACGCUUUGUUUAAACAGGCUACUGAGGGUCCCUGCAAUUCUCCCAAACCAGGUAUGCUGGACUUUGUUAAGAAGGCCAAAUGGGAUGCAUGGAAUUCUCUUCGCAAUUUGUCUCAGGAUAAUGCCAAGCAGAAAUACACUGAGCUUGUCUCAAGUCUGGUCUCUGCAGAAUCUUCUAGCCAGGUGAAAGAUGCUGCUCCAGAAGAGAGCAGACAUGAUGGCUAUGAAACAAUAAUAGUUACUACCAAAAACAACAUCACAAAGAUAAUGCUUAACCGACCUGAGAAGAAAAAUGCCAUCAGCCAUAAGAUGUACAGAGAAAUUAUCAAAGCGCUUGAAGAAGCUGCCAAAGAUGAUUCUACCAUAGCAGUUAUUACUGGAAAUGGAGAGUACUAUUGUAGUGGAAAUGAUCUGAAUAAUUUUACUAAUGUCCAAGCUGGUCAAACUGAGAAGAUGGCAAAAGAUGGAGCACUACUACUCAGAGAGUUUGUUGCACAUUUUAUUGAUUUUCCUAAACCACUGAUUGCAGUGGUGAACGGCCCAGCCAUUGGAAUCUCUGUAACGCUCCUUGGAUUGUGUGACAUUGUCUACGCUUCUGACCUGGCAACAUUUCACACCCCAUUUAGUCAACUUGGACAGAGUCCAGAAGGAUGUUCUUCUUACCUGUUUCCAAAAAUCAUGGGCUUAGCCAAGGCAACUGAGAUGUUGCUUUUCAACAAAAAGCUGACUGCAGCUGAAGCCUGUGCCCAGGGACUUGUGACUGAAGUCUUCCCCAACAGGACUUUUCAGAAGGAAGUUUGGGCAAGAUUAAAAGCUUAUGCAAGUCUUCCUAAAAAUUCCUUGGCAGUGUCAAAGCAACUGUUACGAGGUGUGGAGAAGGAGAAGCUCCAUGCAGUGAAUGAUCAAGAGUGUGAAGUCCUCAAGGAGAGUUUCCAUGCUUUCCUGGAUGGAAGGAAGCAAAGGCUAAAAAUUCUCUUCUAAACAAGAACAGGUAUGCACAUCAAGUCUCAGAAUUUAUCCUUUUACUCACCAAGGCUACAACUUGUGUUGCUUUCACUGGUGGCCUAACUACUUAUCUUCCUUCAGCCUACAGCCUUUGCUGGGGCUUACAAUUUUCUGUUUCACUGACCAGUUCACCUACUGCUAAGGUUCUCUGUACUCUUAACUUCCUUCUCUCACGCUUUCUAGAGGCAAGCAUUUGUGCUAAUCCCAUUCUCUAUUUUUCUCCAAAUUGUUUCCUAAUGGUUCUCACACCAGGAAAAACCUGCUCCUUUUAUUUCCUGUCAUUUCUUAACAUGAUUUAGUGCAGCCUAGAACUCACAUAGUUUCUUUGCAGUGUUUCUCAGGAUCCAUUGCACUAUUGGGGACUAAUUUGCACUCUUAACCACUGUAAGAGAAAUUUCUUAGUAACAUACAACGAUCUCUUUCAUGCUUUUAUAAAUAAAAAAAGGUGAUUUUUCUCUUUGAUUUUGCAGGAAACAAUCUUCAGGAAAAAAUACAAAAAAAAUCUAUAGAAACACAGGGAUAAAAAUAUAGGGCUUGAGUGGAAAUUGUGAAACCCAUAACUGAAUGAUUUUUGACAAGAAUUUGUGCACAUAUAAAGCCAUAUUUUGUCUGUUAAUAGCUGAUACAGCUUACAGUAAAGAAACUAAUUUUUUGUGUUUUAUUUUGCAUUUGGACCAAUUCUGCUUUUAUGUGACAUAUUACUCAACAAAUACGAAAACCACCAGGCUUCAGAAUGGUCACAGUUGAGUGGGAAAUAAAUAUGGUAAUCUUAAA